AUGCAAGGGCGUGAACAGCAGCACACGCCACACAUGCGUUAUCCCAUCAUCUUUCCUCAUUUCAGGCGGUUUGAAGCGGGGGUGAUGAGGCAAGUCACGCUUGUCGACCAGAGCAGAGCCAAUUCCAACUGCCUGCCACCCUCGUUACAGUCACCGUCGUCGCAGUCUGCACCUUCUUUACAAACCUGCAGCCAGCUGUGUGACUCGGGUUAUUUCAGCAGAGAGAGCAACUUGGAUCCCCUAUCCUCUCGCCCCUCCUCCUCCUUCCUCCCCUUCCCCUCCUUCCUUCGAAAAAGCCCCAUUCUAAGACUGGAUAAGGGAGGCUAUACUCGUUAUAAAGUCGACAACCAAGGACCCACCUACAGAGGGGGUCACUGGGUGUUCACUAACGGGGUGGAGCAGGUUCUCUCCCUGUCAUCACCUGGCUAUCUUCCCUACGAGCUUCCUGCUGCUGAUUCCCGUGCUACUGAACUUGUGGCAGAGCAACCCGAGCGGCCACAACCGCAGAUGCAGCAACACCAGCAA